AUGGACAACGAGAGAACGUACCAAGUACCCAGCUUGUUGAAAACUGCGUACUACGCUUGCAACCAGAUCGACCGUGACAGGUUCGACUCGCUGGAUGUACCGGACGUCGAUUUGCGAUCGUGUUGCGAGUCGCUGUUCGAAUUGUUAAAAAUCGAAAAAACCCGAAACGAGGGCAACGAUAGGCACACAAUGUACAGCAGGGCGCUGUUGGCCUCCUCCGACGACGAGAGGUUUAGAAACAUAUGCAAAGAGGCAGCGUCGCACGGGCACAUAAAUUGCCUGAAACUCGCGCACGAGAUCGGCGUCCCUUGGGACGAAUGGUCCAGAGUGCCCUUCGAUAAGCCAUGUGACCGGACUGCGAGAUUGGGGUAUCUGGAGUGUCUAAAGUACGCUAGGGAAAAUGGAUGUUUUUGGGACGAGGAGACGUGCAGGUACGCUGCGAGGAACGGCCACAUGGACUGCCUAGUUUACGCCCGGGAAAACGGAUGCCCUUGGGACGUGAUGACGUGCAACAACGCCGCUGAGAACGGUCACAUGGACUGCCUAGUUUACGCCCGAGAAAAUGGAUGUCCCUGGGACGAGUCGACAUGUUACAACGCCGCGUCAGGUGGACAUUUGGACUGCCUGGUUUAUGCCCGGGAAAACGGAUGCCCGUGGGAUAAGUGGACGUGCAGCAGCGCCGCGUACGGUGGUCACAUGGACUGUCUGAUUUACGCAAGGGAAAACGGGUGCCCUUGGGACGUGAUGACGUGCAACAACGCCGCGAAGAUGGGUCACAAGGACUGUCUGGUUUACGCGAGGGAAAACGGGUGCCAAUGGAAUGAUUUGACGUGCAAGUACGCCGAGUGGAAUGGUCACAAGGACUGCUUAGAUUACAUACGGGAAAACAGUUACCCGUGGAGUCAUAAGAUUCGUACCCCCCUAUAG